CAUCUGAUCACGCGAAGAUGUCGCGAGCUCAACGUCUACUGCGAGAUGCUGCCGUGCACGCAAAAGAUCAAGGAUCUCGACUGGAAACCCAAGGGCAUCAUCCUCUCCGGCUCGCCAUACAGCGUCUACGACAAGGGUGCUCCUCGGGUCGACCCUGAUGUAUUUGAGGCAGGCGUUCCCGUGCUGGGCAUCUGCUACGGCCUCCAAGAAAUCGCGUGGAACCACGGAGGCAAGGUGGACCCGCAUGAUCGGAGAGAGUACGGCAAGGCGACGAUCGACGUUGUCAAGACGGGAAAUGCGCACAUGGACGCUCUCUUUGCGGGCGAAGAGGCUCGGGUAGACGUCUGGAUGUCGCAUGGGGACCAGCUCUCCGUUUGCCCGCCAGACUUCGAGGUUGUUGCUAAGACGUCGACGGCGCCCUUCGCCGCCCUUGCACACAAGACGAAGCCCAUCUAUGGGAUUCAGUUCCACGCCGAGGUGACGCACAGCCCGAGGGGCAAAGAACUGUUCGAAAAUUUUGUCGAGCGCAUCUGCGAUUGCAGACGGGACUGGAACAUGGAGACGUUCAUCGACAAGGAAAUUGCCAGGAUCCGCGAGCUCGUGGGACCCAAGGGAAGGGUUAUUGGUGCCAUCUCGGGCGGUGUCGACAGCUCCGUGGCGGCCAAGCUUAUGCAUGAGGCCAUCGGUGAUCGCUUCCAUGCUGUCAUGGUCGACAAUGGCGUCCUGCGGGCACGGGAAGCGGCGCAGGUGUACGAGAUGCUGUCGCAGCAUCUUGGCGUGAACGUCACCAUCGUCGACGCCAGCGAGCUCUUCCUGGGCCGGCUUGAGGGUGUCGAUGACCCAGAGAAGAAGCGGAAGAUUAUCGGCAACACCUUCAUCAAUGUCUUUGAGGAGGAAGCGGCCAAGCUCGAGGCAGAAGCCGAGCGGGAAGAAGAAGAAGCGAAGAAGGCGGGCAGGCAGCACGAAACCAAGGGGAAAUACGAGUACCUGCUCCAGGGUACUCUUUACCCCGAUGUGAUUGAGAGCAUCAGUUUCAAAGGACCCAGCGCUACGAUCAAGACGCACCAUAACGUCGGAGGUCUCCUCGAUGAUAUGAAGCUGAAGCUUAUUGAGCCGCUGCGUGAGCUCUUCAAAGACGAGGUGCGGCAGCUGGGCAAGGUCAUGGGCAUUCCUGCUCAUCUCGUUGGUCGUCAUCCCUUCCCUGGUCCGGGCCUGGCUAUCCGCAUUCUGGGACCUGUGACACGAUCUCAGGUCGAGAUCCUGCAACAGGCUGACACCAUCUACAUCGAAGAGAUUCGAAAGGCAGGCAUUUACGACGAAAUCAGCCAGGCCUUUGCCGUCCUCCUCCCCGUCCGUGCUGUCGGCGUGCAGGGCGACAAGCGAACCUAUGACCAGGUCAUUGCUCUCAGGGCCGCUCAAACGACCGAUUUCAUGACAGCCACAUGGUACCCAUUCUCGUACGACUUCCUUUCCAAAGUCUCGAAUAGGAUCACAAACGAGGUCCAGGGCGUCAACAGGGUCGUCUACGACGUUUCGUCCAAGCCGCCAUCAACGAUCGAAUGGCUCUGAGUUGUUCUCUAUUGCUCUUUGCAAUCAUAGUUCCGAUAGAUUGAGAC